AUGUCAAGGUCCUCAACGCCUGCGCUUCCUUUCCAUAAUGCCCAGGUCCCUGUGUCCAGGCCUCGGUCGACCACCCCGGCCAUCGUCAGCAGUUCUCCUUCGACAUCCACCUCGACAUAUUCACUCCUCGAUCCGAAACAGACCGCUGAACAUCUCCAGACCUCUCUUACCCAUGGCCUGACCCCCGCUGAGGCGGAGAUUCGUUUAAUACGCGAUGGACCGAACGAACUUCCUCACGACGAACCCGAGCCGUUGUGGCUCCGGUUCCUCAAGCAGUUUCGAGAAACUCUGAUUCUCCUCCUUCUCGGGUCCGCCGCCAUCUCAUUCAUCAUGGGAAAUUACGACGACGCCGUCAGUAUCACGUUGGCCGUCACAAUUGUUGUUACAGUCGGAUUUGUGCAAGAGUAUCGCUCGGAGAAAUCCUUGGAGGCUCUAAGCCGUCUCGUGCCCCAUCAUGCCCAUCUCAUCCGCGAUGUUCCUUUUUCGCAGGCCCCGCCGAUGGCCGGUGCUGUGCCAGCGGCUCCCAGUGGAGAAUUGGAGCUCCAGGAUCUGAGAAGUAAGAGUCCUGGCUCGGCGGUGAAGGCUUCCUCGACUGUCCCGGCAAAUGAACUGGUCCCAGGUGAUCUGGUGCUGUUCACUGUGGGGGAUCGCAUUCCAGCAGAUAUCCGCAUCACUGCUGCAACAGACCUCACUAUCGAUGAGUCCAACUUGACCGGUGAAAAUGAGCCCGUCGCGAAAUAUGCGGAUGCAAUCCGCAACCCGAAGCACGCUGCUGCACACUCACCCAAGAUUGUCAGCCCACCGCGGUCACCAUUCUACGACGCUCCUGCCAGUGGGGCUGUGGGGGCCGAUAUUCGUCUGAAUGAACAACACAAUAUUGCCUUUAUGGGAACGUUGGUUCGGUCGGGGUAUGGACAAGGCAUUGUCAUCGGAACGGGUGCGAAAACAGAGUUUGGCAGCAUCUCUGCCUCAUUGCAGGAAAUCGAAAGCCCGAGAACGCCGCUACAGCUCUCCAUGGAUCGGCUUGGUCAAGAGCUGAGCUAUAUUUCUUUCGGUGUUAUUGCGCUGAUUGUUGUUAUCGGUUUAAUCCAAGGCCGUAAGCUUCUUGAAAUGUUUACGAUUGGCGUUUCUCUUGCCGUUGCUGCCAUCCCGGAAGGUCUUCCCAUCAUUGUCACCGUCACUCUCGCACUUGGAGUCCUGCGCAUGGCCAAGAGGGGAGCUAUCAUGCGGAGGCUCCCAAGUGUUGAGACCCUGGGCUCCGUGAACGUCGUCUGCAGCGACAAGACCGGAACCUUGACCCUCAACCACAUGACUGUCACCAAAAUGUGGCACUUUGAUUGUGCGGACCCGUUUGAGGUCCACAACGACAUUGCUUCAUUGACCCCUGGGCCGGCAGCCCGAACAGUCCUCCGCAUCGGCAACAUUGCCAACAAUGGCAGGCUAUCGCGGGUGCACGCCAACUCGCCGGCAAGCGCAUCGUCUGCCGCCGUGUUGUCCUCGACUGAUGACCGUGCCUCCGGCUCCAUCCGCAGUCGAUGGGUUGGCCAACCCACUGAUGUCGCCAUUCUGGAUCUGUUGGACAUCUUUGGCGAGGAUGAUGUUCGCGACCGCCUUAGCGCCCGGGUCGCCGAAACCCCGUUCAGCUCUGAACGCAAAUGGAUGGGUGUCAUCAUCGGCAGCACAAACCCCAGCGAGUCCAACGAUAUGGCCUACAUCAAAGGUGCGCUUGAGCAGGUCCUCACGCGCUGUGACACUUACCUCACCAAGGAUGGCCGCGAGGUUAUUUUGGAUGAAACGCGACGUCGUGAAGUCAGGCACGCCGCUGAACAGAUGGCCUCGGAAGGGCUGAGAGUCCUCGCUUUUGCCAGCGGGGCUGUUCGAGAUAUGUCGAGAGGACGACCCAUGGGUAGUAGAUCUGGCACCCCAGUAUCAAGAUCUCCCAGCUUGGCCGACGACGAUGAGCGGUAUAAUGGGUUGGUGUUUGCUGGAUUGGUCGGGAUGAACGAUCCGCCUCGGAAGGGGGUCGACAAAUCUAUCCGACGGUUGAUGGCCGGCGGUGUGCACGUUAUCAUGAUUACGGGCGACGCAGAGACCACCGCGGUUGCGAUUGCGCGAAAACUCGGCAUGCCGAUUAGCGAUACCCCGGGAUCCCGAACCGUGCUCAACGGGGAGGAUAUCGAUCGUAUGAGUAUGGGUGAGCUGACCGAGGCGAUUUCCUCGACGUCCAUCUUCGCCCGCACCAGUCCAGACCACAAGAUGAAGAUCGUGCGCGCCCUGCAGGCGCGCGGCGAUGUGGUGGCGAUGACUGGUGAUGGUGUCAACGACGCACCCGCCCUGAAGAAGGCGGAUAUUGGAAUCUCGAUGGGCAAGCUGGGAACGGACGUCGCCAAAGAGGCUGCGGACAUGAUCCUGACCGACGACGACUUUUCCACGAUCUUGCGGGCAAUCGAACAGGGCAAGGGUAUCUUCUAUAACAUCCAGAACUUUAUAACCUUCCAGCUCAGUACCAGCGUUGCUGCUUUGAGUCUGGUACUGCUGAGUACUACACUCGGGUUCAAGAAUCCGCUGAAUGCUAUGCAAAUCUUGUGGAUUAACAUUCUUAUGGAUGGCCCGCCGGCGCAAUCCCUCGGAGUCGAACCGGUUGACCCGUCCAUCAUGAACCGACCACCACGGCCGCGCUCAGCUCGGGUGCUCACCAAGCCAUUAAUUCAGCGGGUGCUUACGUCGGCGUUCAUGAUCAUGGUCGGGACUCUUGCCAUCUAUGUUUACGAGAUGGGCGACGCGGACGACGACGUGACACCGGGGAAGCGGUCUCGGGUGGUCACGGCGCACGACACGACGAUGACGUUUACGUGCUUUGUGCUGUUUGACAUGUUCAAUGCGCUCACGUGCCGCAGCGAGGGCAAAUCGGUGCUUCGGGGGGAGUUGCCUCUGUUUGGCAAUAAGAUGUUCAACUACGCGGUUUUGGGGUCGCUGGCGGGACAGGCGUGUGUGAUCUACCUCCCGUUCCUGCAGCGGGUGUUCCAGACGGAGGCAUUGAACGUGGCGCAUCUGUUCAAGCUGGUAGAUCAUGGGUUGAGCGAGAAGGACAUCGUGGAAGAUUUCACAGGCAACACUGAUUGGCCUGAAUGCAUUGCUCCUUGCUGGGAAACGACUGUCUGA